AUGGGCCUCGCUUGGGGCCUGAGGAGCCAACCCAUCCAGUCUGAUAAUGCCGUUGACGUUCACCACUAUCAUCAACACUUGAUAGACAGAGGUCAAUCGGAGCCGGCUAAGCAGUCGCAUUUGGACAAAAUUCAUGACGGACGUCUCGGCCAUGCUGAGACCCACGAUGCAAAGGCAUAUCAUCCGGCAGGGAAGAUAAUUAAUCUGCAAAGAACAUUCACCAAUGCAGUACAUGUGUUCUCAGUUCGCGACAUUAUCUCCAGACUUCAUCCCCUGCCCCAUCAAAGCUUGUUGAACAUUGGCACUCUGCCACUACAAGCCUUGACCGACUCCCGCGCACAACAAUUGGAGGGUGGGUCAGACGGCACGUGUACCCCAAGCCUUUCCAUCAAAGGAAGGUCACUCGGCUCCUCGCCCAUCGCUUUGCCGCUAAAGGAUCAGGAUCUCAGCGAUGGCGCCAAUGGCCUUCUCGAAGCAGCAAGACUACAUCCAUGGAUGGAAUCGAACGGCAUGACGAAAGAUGCAACAUGUCGUCUGCCUACUCACGUAAUCAUGUUGUCGUCUUACAUCUUACUUGUGAGGACGUCGACAUUUCUCUUCUUCCUGCUCGCCUACUAUGCGACAGGACCCGUGUUGAUCGGGACGGUUGAUAACUCGUGA